AUGAGCGAACCGACUGUUUCGAUAGAAUCGCUUGAAGCAGCCGGCAUCAUGCUGGACCGGCAUGACUGCUUUGAUAAUACAGCCCCUGGUUUAUUGGAACUGACGGGAGUCACACAAGCCGGCACACCGACCGCCAGUGGAUUAAGUGAGUUUGAUUACCAGCAACUCAGCAGCCUGUCGAUGGGCUACAAGGAGUUGAAUCAGUUAUGCACGGUCAACAAAGUUCCCAUUCCUUCGGAAGUUAUGGAACACUUCAAUCACAUAAAGUGCCAUUGUAUGAUGGGCUUAUUCCCCGAAAUAGGACGAGCGUGGCUCACAAUCGACACGGACUUAUAUAUAUGGACCUACGAAAAUGCACGGGAUGUUGCCUAUUUCGAUGGCCUCUCGCAGGUGAUCAUAAGCGUCGGUUUAGUAGCUCCUAAGCCGGGCCUUUUUGUAGCCGACGUUAAGUAUCUACUAGUCCUGACUACGCCGAUAGAGAUCGUCGUCCUUGGUGUUACGUUUGGUGACGCUAACAAUGGCACACCGAAUCGUGGCCUCUCAGCGGCACAGAACAACGAAGAGAUGCAGUUAAUGCACACGCCAAUUUUCGUACUAAACACGGACAACGUAGCUAUCAUGUGCGUUCAGGGCACGGACGAUGGAAGAAUAUUCUUGGGCGGGCGCGACGGGUGUCUGUACGAGGUGAGUUACCAGGCCGAAUCGAACUGGUUUGGUAAGCGCUGCCGGAAGAUUAAUCACUCGCAGGGACUGAUGUCCCACUUGGUGCCGGGAAUAUUCAAAAUAUUCACCGAAACCGAUUCCGUGGAGAAGCUGGCUGUAGAUAACGGACGCAAUUUGCUGUACGUGCUCAUGUCCAAAGGGUCCAUAGAGGCGUGGGAUCUUGGUAAAGACUCCGGCAGCACGAGGCGUAUCGCUCGGCUCUCAUACAAAGAGAUCAUCUCCAGCGCGUCGCAAAUUCUUCGCACGAUCGAUUCAACCGCUUUCCAUCCAAUCACCGCAAUUUGCCCGCUAACAGAGGAUGAUUCGUCCAGCCUGCAUCUCGUUGCCAUCACGGAGAGUGGCGUGCGGUUGUACUUCUCCACGAUUCCACUGCACUUACACGGAUUCUAUAUCCAGCAGCAGCAAUUGUUGCACCAGCAACAACAGGCUCAGCUGCAACAUCAGCAACAGCAACAUCAACACAAACCGCAGGGUUUGUACCUGCUGCACGUUCGCGUCCCUCCCGGCUUAACGGCUAAUUCCCUCGUUGGCAAACCCAAGCUAGUUCACUCCGCUCACUACGUUCAGGGAUCGCUUCUGAUGAUAUCGCGCCAGCAACCAGACCAAGAUCUUCUGAUGUGCCUCAGCUCAGAGCAAUUCCAGUCGCAGCAGAACCUCGUGGAAUCGUCCGCUUUCAUGCCGCUCGAUGGCCAAGUGUGGGCCGUGGCCGACGUGAAGCGCAAGGAUCGCGUUUCGAUCACCACUCCACUGCGGGUGGCACAAAACCCCCGGAAAGUGGCAUUACUAACGAACCAGGGCGUCCACAUCGUGUCGGUGCUGCGAACGGUGGACAUUCUGCAGCAGCUUCUGGUAAGCUGUCACGGGCCGCACAACGAAGCCGUUAAGACAUACUUCCACAAACAGACGGAACCGGAAGCUUGCGCGACGGCACUGCUACUAGCUUGUUUAGAGUCGUUCCGCGGCACGGAGGUAGGCGAAUGGGCUGCUCAGGCGUUUGUUCUAUAUGGAGGAGAACCGUACGUCGAUGGAGCCGUACCGGACAACAGGCAGCUCGGGUUUAACUCCCCCAUAGCUGGGGGUGGGUAUGGCGGCGGUAUGGAUGGAAGUUUGCAGCAAAAUGCCAACUUUCUACCAGCAAGCCGAAUGUACGCAUCCACCCCGUACUCGACCCCUGGUCGUGGUGGAACGCCUGCCAUGCACCAGCAACACGGCAUACAUCCGCAACAUCAGCAGCAUUCAGCGUUGUACGGUGGUGGUUCUCCAACGCAGAGCUUAAACAACAACAACCCUUCGAUGGCACCGCACAUGACCGAAUCGUCAUUGUUCCAUUAUUCAGCCAAACACGCAGGCUUGUACCUGUACGUGUGCCGAAUGUUACGGUGCGUGUGGCGAAAGCCAUGCGUCGACGAGCGGCUAUAUUCGACCGUCUCGCAGCAAGAUUGCCUGGUGCUGCUGGACGAUCUGUACUCCAUCCGGCGAUUCUUGGAGAAUGUGACGGUUACCAGCCUGGUCGGGUACGCCAGUAGCCGUAGCAAUGGAAUGACGGUGAGGUCGAAUGCGGGCGGUAUGGGGAUCAGUUCCACCGGAUCUGGAUUCGCUCAGGGUCAAUCCGGUUUGCUGUUGCAAUCUCCGCUGAGCAGUGGUGAGAGAGGCGCAUUCGCUGGGUAUAUGUCACCGCAUCAGCAGUACGGCGUCACCGGUGUCGGAUAUGCAAGUACGGCGGGUGUGGCAUUGGCGCAGAAAAACUGCACCGAAGAGGCCUUGCUGGAGGAACGGAAGUCCUUGGAUGCACUGGUCCGACUAAUAAAACAAUCCUGUGAAGUGGUAGGGCUCUGGAAGGUGAUUUGUGAACAUCAGUGCCAUCUGUUGAUGGCGAAGCUCUCGAAAGAAGAACAACACGUGCUAAAGUCGUGUACCUUCCGCGAUCUUAUACUUUCGCGAGUUGAUGUAUGCGGUCUGCUCAUCGUGACGCUAAUCAACUCGUAUCUGGCCGACAACGCGAGUGUCGGUUCGAUUUCCUCAAAACUUCGAGAAGUCUGCCCUACGCUUUACCGUAACGAGGAUGCGGUGUCGCACAAGGCCACCGAAAUACUUCUGCUGUCUCGCGGUUGUACCGACCGUGACAAGAAGGACGAACGGUUGCGGACUGCUCUGCAACUGUGCAAAAGUGCUGCCCCAAAUUUGCCCCUCGGCGCCCUGUGUCAACAGUUUGCGGCCUGUGGCUUCUACAGCGGGGUCAUUGAGCUGUGCACCGUGUGUGCGGCCAAAAGUGAUCCGAAUGAGAGUGCACUGCACUUUUAUCGAAAUAACGAACCGCUCGACAACCAGGAAGGCUACAUUGCACUUCAGAAUAGGAUGAAUUGGUACAAGGAAGUGAAGGUGAUGCUGGACGGUGUGUAUGAUGCGGCGGCAAAUUGCAACCAACAGCCUGCGGCGGAUGGCACGUACCCGUUGGUGGACGAUGAGGAGCUGCAGGAACGUGUCGCCGGCAAUCAGGAGGUCUUGACCAUCAUCGGACAGGCGCUGCAAAAUACUGACCAGUUGCUACACAUCGCUAUCUACGAGUGGUUGCUUUCGAAAAACCUGCUAGCUGAGUUGCUAGAAAUUACGGAGCCUUCGCUGGGUGUCUUCCUAAGCCGGGCCAUGUCGCGAACUCCGGAAAAUCUGCUGCUUGCGGAUUUGCUCUGGAAGUAUCACGAACGCAACGGGCAACAUGCGGCAGCCGCAAAGAUUCUGGACAGGUUGGCAAAUGCCGCGAGCGACAGUAUCAAUCUGCAGCAACGUAUCGAGUAUCUUGCCCGCGCCGUCAUGUGCAUGCGGUCAGAGUCGGUUGGUUUUUCCGCUCACAAUGGCGUGCUGCUGAAGGACCUCGAGGAUAAGCUGGAGGUGGGACAGAUUCAGCGCCAGGUGUACGACGCCCUCUCGCUGCAGAUGUCCGACAACGACCAGCGUUACAACGCGCUCAAACUGCUCGACUCUAACUUGUACAACCUCACGCAGCUGUACGCUGACUUUGCCGAACAGUACGAACUGUGGGAGUGCAAGCUGACAAUACUGAACUGUUCACACCACAACGACCCAUUGCUGAUUGAGUCCGUCUGGACGCAUAUCCUCGAUCACGAGCUCAUGGGACGUGACAGCUGCGCUGAGCGUUGCCGGCGGCUGUUGGCGAAGGUGAAAAGUCUGGCACUGGAGUACGAAAACUCGGGCUGCUGCUUCCCGUUGGCGUUCAUCGUGCGCGAGCUGGAGAUUCGGUGCUUUCGGCUGGGAAUGUCCAAUUCACCCGUACCGGAAACGCUGAUCGAGAUGAACCUGGACAUCGAGGAGCUGCUGAACAUUUACUCGCGCCUCGUGUCCAUGAAUGAACGUGUCUGGGUGACAGAGGACGACGAACUGUAUCUUAUCCGAUCUACCUCCGCGUUGUUGUCGCUGAUCGUCAACCAACCGAAGUUGAUCCCCUUGAAGGACCGCCGGAAGGUGGUGACAAAGUCGCAGGACCUCAUCUCGGCGGCGCUCAACGUUAUCUACACCAAACUGGACACUCAAUCGUUGAUCGACGUUUUCCGUGAUACCCAAGCAAAACUGCAACGUAUCGUGUGAAACCUGACGGUCGUGCCAAGACACGUGCGUAGACCGUAGAACACCGGAUUGCAAAAGACGUUCUCGGGAACGACGCUGACUAGAAAAAGUACUGCCAGCAAUGCAUCAGCCUGCAGCAUCUCGGGUCGAUAAUUAUUGUAUAUUUUGAAUGUUUGUUUUUCGUUUUUCUUUUACGCAAUAUAUUUGAGUUUUCAAAUCGAUAACAACAAUGCGCCGCAGGAUGGCGACGAUCAUGAUGGUGUUGUAUACGCGAAGAAGAAAUCUAGAUAAUGUAUUUUGCACAAUAAAGUGUUAUAAUCG